CCCUGUUCUUCUCUCUAGACAUCCUAGAUAUCCAUUCCCACCCACCCCCAUCUCAGAGGGGUAUAAAUAAGUGUCUGCUUCCAUCCUGGGCUACACUUUGCAGGCUCCAGAGAAGAUCGCAAGAUGAAAACUCUGCUGCUGACCUUGGUGGUGGUGACAAUCGUGUGCCUGGACUUAGGAUACACCAUGACAUGUUGCAACCAACAGUCAUCGCAACCUAAAACCACUACAACUUGUGCAGAGAGCUCUUGCUAUAAAAAGACUUGGAGAGAUCACCGUGGAACUAUAACUGAAAGGGGAUGUGGUUGCCCUAACGUGAAGCCCGGCGUUCAAAUUAAUUGUUGCAAAACAGACGAAUGCAACAAUUAGCUCUACGAGUGGCUAAAUUCCUUGAGUUUUGCUCUCGUCCAUCAAGGACCAUCCUUGAAAAUUUAUGCUUCUGGCCUUUAUCACCACAUGGUCCAUCAUCCCCCUCUCCCCUGCUGUCUUUGACACCUCAUCAUCUUUCCCUUUUCUCUUGUUCUGUAAGUUUCCUUCUGCUAGUUCUGUAGUUUGAGAAUCAAAUAAACCUCAGCAUUCAAUU